UCACAUUUUUACUCUUAUAAGCGUAAACAUUUUUUGAACAUAAAAGCCAACAAUGCCUCGUGUCAAGUCCUCCGCUACUGAGUCCAAGGCCUCCCGCAAGGCCGCCGCUGCCGACACCAAGAAGCGCACCAAGCGCACCAAGAAGGACCCGAACGCCCCCAAGCGCGCCCUGUCCGCCUACAUGAUGUACUCGCAGGCCAACCGUGACCGUGUCCGCAAGGAAAACCCCGAUGCCACUUUUGGCGAGAUCGGCAAGUUCCUGGGUGCCGAGUGGAGCAAGCUGUCGGACGACGGCAAGGCCCCGUACAUCAAGAAGGCUGAGGCUGACAAGGAGCGGUACGCUACUGAGAAGGCCGAGUACGACGCCAAGAAGGAUUCGGACGAGAGCGACUAAGCUGGAAGCAGAACACCACACCCCAAAAAUCCCCGACCCACUUCCUUCUUGUGCACGUCUACUACUCUAGUAUUUGGUACUUUUUCUCGAUUCGCCUCUUUCUCUUUUCUCUAAAUGUAAAAUCUACUAUCGCAA